UAAAAAACAAUAAUAGAGUACCAUAAAUUAACAAUUAUAAUAAAAUUUCAAAGAUUAAUUAGACUAAAAAACUAAAAUAUGAUAUUUCGAUUUACGGAAAAACUGUUAAAUAAGCUCAUGUACUAUAGUAAAAAUGUCGAUUAGGCCGUCGCACUUUGAAAACGCGCAAUCGAAACCUCAAACUCUUAAAAGCUGUUCAAUUAGGCAUUUCGGCCGGAAAAAAACUCAUUACCCGGUUAAUGACCUAUGUUCCAGCCACGUGGCAUUGCUUUUCUUUUUUUUUCUUUUUCCCUUUCACAAUAUUUUCUCUUUACUUUUACUCUUUACGUUUUGUCUUUCCUUCUUUCUCCCACUUCUUUCCAUUCGCACACAUGCAAUUCAAACAGGCCGGGGAUUCAAGGUUUGUGUCAUGAUGACCGCGUCCACCACCGCAACUGCGCCCACCACCGCUCCUUUACCCGGCGAUUUCACCGCUUACUUCACAAUCCCAAUUUCACCAAAAGUUAUUUUCUUCUACAACUGGCUGAUUGUUCGAGCUUCGCUGCCCUUCUCCGCCGCUCAUGCUAACCUCCGUGGACUUCUUUAGGAUGGUUCUUUCUCCGUCAUAUACUCAUAUGGAAAUUAUUUAGAAGGAAUUGAGGUCAGAUGAGAAUGAAUGGGGAGAGAAAACUGAAAAUAUGAACUCGAAAGGGAUAGCGUCACAGGAAUUGUAAGCUCCAGAGUUGGAUGAGUGGCCGGUAGCGACGGAGAUUGUGGGAAGCUAGGAGUUGGAAGCAGAGGCGGACCCACUAAGGGUCCCAUGGGUCCGGGGAUCCCGUGCACCUUGAAAAAAAUACCUAUAUAUAUAUUAUAUAAAAUUAAUUAUUCAUUGUAUAUUUACACAAAAAACAACCUUAGCAUCAAAAGAAUGAAACAGUGCAGCGGUGAUGGUCGCUUAUUCCACAAUUGGGUUCGAAACCCAGCUUCUUCUUUUUAUUCUUUUUUUCAGUACUGGGCUUGAACAAUGUAUACGAAUUUCCAACAAAAUUUCAACUUGC